AUGAGCGUUACCCAGUGGAAACUAUCUAGUUUGUGCGUCUCUCUGCUAUUUCUCCACUUCUUUCAUUAUUCUUCACCCCAGAAAACCUGCCCAAGCUGUGGCUCUCUACAAAUUCCAUAUCCAUUAAGCACCAAUCCUACCUGUGGUGAUUCAGAUUAUCAUGUACGUUGUGACCCAAACUCUCAGAAACUCUAUUUUGAUUCCCUCAACGGGAGCUCUUACCUUGUCCUCAGAGUUAUGCCUUCUUUGCAACGCAUGGUUUUGCAACCAUCACCCUGGGUGCCUGGCACUUGCAUCACUCAAGACAUGCCAAGGAGUGAGGGAUUCUGGUUGAACCAGACACUCCCUUUUAACCUAACUUCUUCUAAUACUAUAUUCCUAUUCAAUUGUUCACCUCGUCUCAUGGUCUCUCCUCUCAAUUGCACUCCAUCUAGUCUUUGCCACAGGUACCUGGAGAGCUCUGAACAUGUUGAUGAAGAACGUGCACCAAAGUGUGCAAGUGGUCCUAAACCAUGCUGCACCUUUAUUGCUGGUGGCAUGCCAUCAGCAUACAAGAUAAGGCUGCAUAGUUCGGGCUGCCAAGCAUUUAGAAGCAUCCUUCACUUGGAUGCUGAAAAACCUGCAAGUGAGUGGGAGGAGGGACUGGAACUACAAUGGGCUCCCCCAGCUGAACCCCUCUGCAAAUCCCAAGUUGACUGCACUGGGCCUUCGACAUGUUCAACAGCUGGUAAAUCUGGCAAUCUUCGUUGUGUUUGCAAUAAAGGAUAUUAUUGGAAUCAUGGCUCAGCAACUUGCUUGACGACGAACAAGAAGACCUCAAACUCUAGUCUCGCUCUGAAAGUUUCUCUUGGGAUUUCUGCAUUUUUAACUUUUGUUGUGGCACUAACUACGUUUACUUUGAGAAAGUCAGUCAGAUUUUCUGGCCAGCCGAAGCUUGCUAAAGCAAGAGAAGACAUGUUGAAGCUUGAGAAUGAUGGAAAAUCUGCAAGGAUGUUCAGUUUCAAAGAGGUAAUAAAAGCUACAAAUGGUUUCUCUAAAAACAGGAUUUUGGGGAGUGGUGGAUUUGGAGAAGUUUAUAAAGGUGAGCUUCAAGAUGGAACUGUUGUUGCGAUAAAAUCAGCAAAGGUGGGCAACGUAAAAAGCACAGAGCAAGUCCUCAAUGAACUACGCAUACUUUCUCAAGUCAAUCACAAGAACUUAGUAAAACUUUUAGGGUAUUGUGUUGAAGCUGAACAACCACUGAUUAUUUAUGAGUACAUUUCCAAUGGAACCCUCCAUGACCAUCUGCAUGGCAAAUACUCCCAUUCUCUGGACUGGAAAACAAGAUUAAAAAUUGCUUUAGGAACAGCUGAAGCAUUGGCUUAUCUGCACUCAGCAGCAUAUACUCCAAUCUACCACAGAGAUGUCAAGUCGACAAACAUACUCUUAGAUGAUGACUUCAAUUCUAAAGUGUCAGACUUCGGGCUAUCAAGAUUGGCUUGCCCAGGAUUGAGUCACAUAUCCACUUGUGCCCAAGGAACAUUAGGGUACUUAGAUCCUGAGUAUUACCGCAACUACCAGCUGACUGACAAAAGUGAUGUUUAUAGCUUUGGGGUUGUGCUCCUAGAAAUUUUGACUUCAGCGAAAGCAAUUGAUUUUUCACGAGAUGAUGAUGAUGUAAAUUUAGCCAUUUAUGUGAGUCAGAAAGCUAAUAGUGGCCUCAUCAUGGAAGUUGUGGACAAAAAAUUGCUAGUAGAGAAACCUUCAGUAGAAAUGAUGUCUAGUAUUAGGGCCUUCUCUGAGCUUGCUCUUGCCUGUUUAAAGGAAAAGAAGGUGGACAGACCAAGCAUGACUCACAUCGUUCAGGAACUUAAAUACAUCACUGAAAUGGUAAAUCAGGAAGAGGUUUGUACUAACAUGAGUGUGUGAAUAUAUCUUAGUAUCUUUCGAAAGGAAUGCAAUAAAGUGCGAAUAUCUGUGAUCUUUGAAUAUCCAGAUAAUCUGUGGAUAUGAGGAGAAUAAAAAGGUAUAUGUAUAGCAAGAAGACCCUUUCAGUUUUCAUGAUUCAAGAAGUCUGUAAAGGGAUUCUGCAUAUGGAUACUAGUGGGAUGCAAAGACAUGAAAAAGAUAUGCUUUGGGAUCAGAUGCUUACUUUGAGUGGAAAGUAAGUAUUGAAUUGAAGGUCUUAGGUAUGGAAUAGUGGUUUGAGAGGUCUCAAAUUUGCGGUUUUAGAUCUGGUCCAAGGAUCCGUCUUGGAUCAAUCAAAUACAGCACCAGAUCCUUUGAACCCUUAAUGUGUAGAGUCAGAUUCAGUCCCAAAUUCUCCAAAAUUCUCCUACCAAUUGUAGAACCAUUGGCAAAUAUCAUGUGUAAUUGUUGGUAUUAA